GGGUCUAGUUAUGCCGCAUUAUCAGACCUGGGAGGAGUUCAGUCGCGCAGCUGAGAAGCUCUACUUGUCUGACCCUAUGAAGGUGCGUGUGGUACUCAAAUACCGGCACUGUGAUGGAAAUCUUUGCAUCAAAGUAACUGAUGAUGCAGUUUGUCUUCUCUAUAGGACAGACCAGGCUCAAGAUGUAAAGAAGAUUGAGAAAUUCCACAGUCAACUAAUGCGACUCAUGGUAGCCAGAGAAUCCCGCAGUGUUGCCAUGGAUACGGACUGAAUAGCUGGAGAUAAAAUGAAUGCUCAGUCAUCUUUCAUGGGAAGAAAACCUCUUUGGUUUGGGCAAAUUUUGAAACAGAACAAGUGUGGCAUUCAAGUGGAUUAUUAAAGUCUAAAGUGGAUUUUGUAAGGAUUUCCAGGCUCCACUUCAGAGUGGCUAGGAAACAUUUUGCUUUCAUAAGAAAGCCUUUUUUUUUUAAUUUGAGCAAAUAAA